UUCCGGAUUCUGUGCAUAAUCCUUCAACUUGUUCGCAGCUUCAGAACACAGCCUCAUCGUCAGAUACAUCUAGUUGAUGGCAUCCUACCUGCAGUUGUGGGCCUCUUCGCCUUGACCAGCAUGCUCAUCAUGCCGACAGCCAAGAGCCAUGUAACGGAAACACGGCUGAGUGGCGUUAGAGUCCGGUCAUACGCAUCUACGAUCCUGUUCGUUAUUGCUAUCAGCUUGUCGAAGAUGCCGAUCGUUAUAUGGCUUUAUCGACUCGAGCUAGCCAGAGUGUAUAGGGUGGGUGUCAUUACGAUAGGAGGCGCCAUACUCGCGUUUAUGCUCGCCUCUACGACCACCGUUAUCUUCCAGUGCGAGAUGCCCAACCCAUGGGAUAUGCAAAUGGGACGAUGUAUCUCCACACGGUCAAUCUGGACUAUCCUAAUCGUUAUUGAUAUCACACUCGACAUAGUCUUGAUAGCUGUGCCUGUGAUCGUGGUCACUAGCUUAGGUGUCGAACAGCGAAGAGAAAUUUGGACUUCUCUCGGUCUCUCCCUUCGCACUCUUCUAGUUAUAGCUUCGGUUAUACGACUGGUCUACCUGCAUCAGCCUGGGCUGGGUGACUUUGAUCCAGUGUUGGAGAGUCUGCCGUACACGAUUGCUGCGCAAUGUCAGGUUGUUAUGGCUGCCGUACUAGCCUAUGCUUCAGUUCUGCCUUGCCUCGCCUCCCUCGUCAAGGUCCCUCCAAGCAAUCUCCAAGCAAUACUCAACAAGCACUGGUCCGGGUCAAGCAUUGGCAGCGACAUAGCAACCGACUAUUUCGCAUCUGCGCCAUCGACGCCCAUGCAAGAGCCCCUGUCAGUCAUUCAAGCGUCCAUGGCUACUCCUGCAAACCCCUGUUUUUGCUCUCCCCACAGUUCCAUCGGCUCUCUGGCAAGUCCAGGAAAGCUGGCUCCAGCACGGCCACCACCGCCGCCUGCAGCUCAACGACCAGACAUGAGCAUGUUCACACACAGACCCACGGUAAGGAGACCGCCACCAGUGACGUUGUUGCGAGCAAGCAGCGGUGAUCCUCCGGUCGGAGCUUACCGAGAGCAAGGCUCAGUGAGGUUAUCUAGACACGUCAGGUUCGUUGUGUAAGAAGCAUCGGGAGCGUUUAUGCUGGAAUUAAAUCGGACACUUGUUCUGUGCCUUAUCGUGAAACAGUCCUCAAAGGCUCUGUUGGAUUCACUCAGCGUGGUAACGUCGCGCGUCAUGCUGCACUGAGAAGAUUCUAUGCUUACUGACUACGUCAUGGCUGUGGACUGCUCCUGCUCCUCCACAGGAAGUGGGGUAUAUUACACGCGUCUAACUCCCCGCAUCGACAACGGACAUCUGUCAGUCGGUGAGAAUCGCCGAUGGAACGAGCAUAUAAUGCAGUGAAUAUGUAGCAAUGGGGUGUUUCUCAAAGUCGUUCUGCACCCUCUCACUCCCA